GCCGCGCGCAUCGGGGAGCGCGCUCGAGCCUCCAAUUAUCUCUCACGCGCUAGAGAUUUCAGAGAGCGAGGCAGCCAGGGCAUCUCCUAUGAUCCGCUUCUUCACGCGUCUCCUGCUCAACGGACAAAUACACGGAGGCACUGUGUUUGAAGAUGGAGGCUCCUGGCUGGGGUUUUCUCUUAUCCCUGCUCCUCAUCACCCUGUUUGAAACCUCAGAUGGCUCUGAGACCCCAUCUGCAAAUGGCAAGUGGAGUCUGAUCCGGUCCUCCACCUCCAUCACUGACUCCAUGCAAGACCCUGAGAGGGUACUUCCUCACGGCAACCACCGUAGGAGACAAGGGUCACGUGAAGAUGGGGAUAGUGCUGGGCUGCUCUCCCGGAGGCCUGUGUCCCAGCCGGAGGAUGAAGGGCAGAGUUUAAAGGGUUUGAGGCCUGUAAGGCUGGAGUUGGGGCCUGGGGACUGGAUGGGGACAGGGGGUCAUGAUGAGGUCAGAAUUCCUGCUCAUAUGCAGCGGGGAAAUUAUCCAACAGAGGGAGAGUUUACGCGUAAAGGCAGGAGACAUAGUCACGGGCAUCUGACUGAACACAGGAAGCAGGGAGGCAGAAGAGACAAAGGCCGAGCUAAAGGGGUUUCCUAUGACUCUGAACCACAAUUAGGCUCAUUGUUGAAGGACAUGGAUGCAUUUGAGGAUGUUUCCUACACCUCCCUGCCCAAUCAUGACACUGCCCCACCCACUGACGCUCCCUCCCCUGUCUCACGCAUUUUGGUAACCACGGCAAUCAAUGAGAAUCUCCCAACUCUGGCCCCAGCCUCCACCAAACCCCAGAAGUCAGGCCGUGGGAAAACCGAAGGGGAGGUGAUGCCCACCCUGGACAUGACGCUGUUUGACUGGACCGAUUAUGAAGAUAUGAAGCCUGUUGACUCUUGGCCAUCCAGCAAAAGAAAAGAUAAACGGCGCAGCAAAAACAAGAGCAAUGGAAACUCAACGUUUGAUGCUGAUGUCAUCGAACCAUGUGACCAUCAUCUUGACUGCCUCACUGGUUUCUGCUGUGACCUCAGAGAACACGAGUGUAAACCUCACAACCGUGGCUUGAACAACAAGUGUUAUGAUGACUGCAUGUGUGAGGAGGGUCUGCGCUGUUACGCCAAGUUUCAUCGCAAGAGAAGGGUGACCCGAAGACGUGGCCGCUGUGUGCAACCGGAAAGAGCCAACAGCAACCAAGGAGCCUUCAUCACCAUCUAACAUACAUAUAUAAAGAGAUAACGAAAGAAUGACUGAUAAGAAAGAUAAUAAUAAUAUCAUCCACAUUCUCAUCCUCCCAUGGACUGCAAGAUAAACUGAGCUCAGCCUUAACAAGAGAUCAGGCCAAAGUUAAAAGCUCCUCAAAAUUAGCUGGCACUCAACCCACAGUAUAAAUGUACAUAUACAGAUCUGUCAUAAGUUACAUGUGCAUUGUGUAGCCUAACUGUUACCUGUGUUUCUCAACUGGUACAUUUCAACCCAAAAAUUGGUCAUAGGUCAAUUUUGAUAGGGUUACAGACAGUGCUAAAUGCAAAUAAAAAAUGCAACUUACAGUGCAUAGUUAGGAUAGCAGAAAUAAAUAGGCUUAUCAAUAGGCUUAAAAGGUCCAAAAAAGAAAUAAAUAUUUUUUUUGUUGCGUCCACUGUAAUCAUCUGUCACUUGAUAAUACUAGUAUAUUAUGCGGCUCAGUGUUUGUUCCAUAUGUCAGGCUAGUAAAUCACACUUCUGCUGUUGUUAACGCAUUUAUAAAAUUUUCAGUUCCCUAUCUGUCACUCACACGAAGUUGUGUUGACGUAGUUACACUAGGGGUCACUCUUGGGAGGCCCAAACACCUCUGAUCUUUGGCCAAUGGGAAUUGGCGAGUGGAAUUUGCAUGCCACUCACCCGGACAUACGGGUAUAAAAGGAACUGGCUCCUAACCACUCAUUCAAAUUUUUUCUUCAGACCCGAGUGGUGUAGAGCAGCGAGUUCCACUGCCGUUCCAUUUACCUUGUAGAUGACAAGUGUAUGUUGUUGGAUAAAUUGCACAUUUCAGCAGCUUUCUCCCCCUCUGCGUGAUUAAUGCAGAGUAUGCCCCUGAGCGAUUCGACAGCUAAGAGAGUAUAUAUUCUUGCUGAAAAAGAGUAUAUUUCCUCUAAAAAUGCGCGCACUGAUGAAAAGUGUCUUUUUAAAUAUGCCUUACCAUCUGUGUGUUAUUCCUGGAUGUGGCCGCUAUGUCUCCGCCUCUGACGGCCACGAGCGCUGCCUGGGCUAUUGUCAAGUUGAGGCAACGUUCGUGGAUGGUUCAUGUUCUCACUGCGAGAACUUGACCAUGGUAAUGUUGCGGUCACGAUUUUCCUUCUUCCGGGGGAAAGCCACUCCAACCACUCCCUGCAACGGGCCUUCUACCUACGGGUACGAGGCCAGGUUGCUUAGUGCUGGAGUCGAUUUGGGGACUCCAAUGGGAGUGGUUCCACCGGGUAAUCCCCCAUGGACCUCCCAUUCCACAGCACACUCGUUUGACCCGGUCAAGUUCUGGGAUGAGACAGGAAGAUCGCCUCAGGGCGAGUUUAAUGACUCUUUCGCAGGAUGAGCUCUCGAUCGCAGCAUCAGAGCGGGUUGGCGCAGUCAGAUGCUGAGGACUCGACUGGGCUUCCACCUUUGGGUGUGGCCACCCAGUCUGAGGCCAACAUGGAGCUGACCGCCAUGCUUGCCUGGACUGCCGUGAGUGUUGGAGUUGGAGCCACCCUGCCCUGAUGAUUGGUCCCUGCACCCAUACCGACAAGGUCCGCGUCCUCAAUGCUCCCAUCUCCCAGAUCGGCCUAUUUGGUGACACUGUUGAAGACUUUGCCCAGCAGUUCUCAGCGGUGAUCCUGCCUUGGUGCAGUUCAAGGUCCCACACCUCAUCUGCUUGCCGCCUCACGGUCCGGUGCUAAGAGCCCUAGGCGCCCCUGAGAUGGACGACCCAGGGAGGAAGACGUUCCCUGGAACCCUGGAGCUGAUAUCCAGACCACUCCAUCCCCUGGUGGAGGGCCCAGUGGAGAAUCCUGUGUUCCCUUUUGUUUUGUUUUUGCCGCAUGCCCAAGAGGCACUGAGGUCGCUGCAGGCCACUCAUACCCAGGGCGACCUCAACCAUACAGUGGACGUGCUGUUGUGACAGUUGACGCUCAGGGGAGAGUGGAGACUCCACCCCAGGUGGUCCACCUGAUUUGGAGUCAAUUCGGCAAAGCUUAGGUAGACCUGUUUGCUUCCCGGGAAUCCUCCCACUGCCACUCUGGUAUUCUCUGACCGAGGCUCCCCCCGUACAGACACGCGGCACACAGCUGGUCCCGGGGGCUGCGCAAGUAUGUGUUCUCCCCAGUGAGUCUGCUUGCACAGACUUUGUGCAAGGUCAGUGAGGAUGAGUGGCGUCUCCCUUGUGGCGUCGUACUGGCCCACCCAUACAUGGUUCUUAGAACUCACACUCCUUGUGACAGCCCCUCCAUAGCGAGUUACCCUGAGGCAAGACCUCCUCUCUCAGGGACUGGCACCAUAUGACACCUGAGCCCAGACCUCUGGAAUCUCCAUGUCUGGCCCCUGGACAGGACGCAGAAGAUCUAAGUGGCCUACAACCGGCGGUGGUAGACACGAUCACUCAGGCCAGGGCUCCUUCUAUGAGGAAACUAUAUGCCUUGAAGUGGCAUUUGUUUGCAAAUUGGUGUGCUUCCCGAGGUGAAGACCCCCAGAGAUGCUCAGUCGGGUCAGUGAUGUCCUUACUGCAGUAGAGGCUGGAGGGGCGACUGUCCCCCUCCACCUUGAAGGUGUAUUUGGCCACUAUAGUUGCGCAUCACGAUGCGGUGGACAGAAAGUCCCUGGGGAAGCCCGACCUGAUCAUCAGGUUCCUGAGAGGCAGAAGGCUGAAUCCUCCUAGGCCAUGCCUCUUUCCCUUGUGGGAUCUCUCUGUGGUCCUCCUGGGUCUGUGGAGAACCCCAUUUGAGCCCUUAGAGUCAGUUGAGCUAAAGGUGGUCUCAUUAAAGGCUGCCCUCUUGACUGCGCUCACAUCCAUCAAGAGGGUUAGGGACAUGCAGGUGCUCUCUGUCAGCGACACCCACCCGCUCUCUGUCAGCGGUCUGGGCAACACCCAAUACCUUUGCGAGAUUUUAUAAUCUCUGGGUUGAGCCGAUUUCGUCCCGUUUGUUGUCAGGUACGAACAGGUAAUUAUGAGGAGCAGCGGCUGGCACGGCCUCUUCCCAUAGUAGAUACACCCCCCCCCCCCCUUCCACCAGGGUGUGAGGAACUAUGCAACGUUCUUGAGGUGUUGGGGGAGGAUACGUGCAGACCGAGUGCACCUAAUAUUACGCACGCAGUGGCUUGCUUUAACCUGCAUUGGCAGCCCACGCAACACAGAUCAGCUAGUUGUGGCGUUACGUAUAAGGACCCCAAGUGUCACUACAUCGACAAAACAUGAGUGAGUGACAGAUAGGGAACGUCUCGGUUACUGUUGUAACCCCCCUGAGACCAUCAGGGAAUGAAGGUUACAACAGUAACCGAGACAUUUUCCUGUUCAGUCUAAUUCUUGGUAAUAAUUUUGCAUAUUGUUGGACCUAUGCAGUUGCAUGGUAAUUAAAAAAAAAAUCUGUUUGAUUUUAUUUAUAUUUUUUGUUUACUUUUGUAUGAUUUUUGUACUGUGUGGAGUUGUCACUUGAUGUCCAAUGUAAAAUCUGUGUCCUGAAGCACAACCAGUUGAGAACCACUGCACUGUACAGAAUAAUUUGUGUCUAAAAGGAAAAACUUUUUUCUACUGAUUAAUCUCAUUGACUACUACUCUUGUAUUCUAACUGAAGUUGAAUUGUUUGGUUUUAUUUGUAAUAUAUGCUUUAUGUAUUCUAGUACCAAACUGCUUUCUUUAUUGAGAGAUGUUAUCGUGAACUGGAAAUGUGCUCUUUAACAAUUGCUGUUUCGUGACAGAAUGAUGGAUGGAUGAAUGAGUAUCUGUGAUGGGUUAAAGGAAUAGAGAUGGACAGAAGAGAGUGAAGGAGAGAUGGAUGACUUGUCAGUUUAAAUCGCUGUGCCCCAUCAACUGUUUAAUAGAGUUUUAUGUUAGCAGGGCUGUAGAAUUGCCAUAGUCUUUGUAAAGUCCUAUAAAUCUACAUUCUGUCACAUUCUUUUCCACUUGAGACUUCUCAAGCUCCACAAAAUCUCAAAUAUUUUUAACUGAUAUGCCAGAGAAAUAAACAUCUCGACA